UGUCUUAUACAGUAAAUGUUACAGAAAACGUGGAGGGACGUUAUGUGACUGUGGUUUUACCUGGUCCAAAAAGGAUGCUCACACUCUGUGAAGUGGAAGUCUACGGGUACCGUGCCCCAACUGGAGAGAACCUGGCACUCCAAGGAACAGCCACACAGUCAUCACUGUUUACACAUCUUGGCAAUGCAUAUCAUGCUAUUGAUGGGAAUCGUGCCAGCAACUGGAACAGGGCCUCUUGCUCUAGCACUAUCGAUGAAUACCGUCCUUGGUGGCGUCUGGACCUGCACAAUACCUAUAAAGUGUUUACUGUUACGAUAACCAACAGAGAUACACACCCAUUACGACUCAAUGGAGCUGAGAUCCGCAUUGGAGAUUCUCUUGCAAGCAAUGGCAACAACAAUCCCAGGUGUGCUGUGAUCUCACGCAUCCCUGCAGGUUCUACCCAAUCGUUCCAGUGUGACGGGAUGGACGGUCGCUAUGUUAACAUAGUCAUUCCUCGAAGAAAGGAGCUCCUGUCCCUGUGUGAGGUGGAGGUGUAUGGCUCUCGACAGGAUUACACAACGCAGAGAGCGGCUUCUCAUCUACCUCAGAGUUCAUUUUGCAUGUCAAGAACAAUGAAACACGGUCCAGUUCUGCUGUUGCUGCUCUUCGUGGGGACGUGUUCAGCUUCCACCUAUCAAAAUGUGGCCUUACGUGGCAAAGCAACUCAGUCAUACCGCCACGAGGGAUUUUUUGGGGCUGCUUACAAUGCCAUUGAUGGAAACCGUGAAUCUCAUUUCCCUGCCGGUUCAUGCAGCCACACUAUACCACAGACCAACCCCUGGUGGAGGGUGGACCUGAUGGAGUCCUACGUGGUCACCUCUGUCGUCGUCACCAACAGAGGAGACUGCUGUCCAGACAGGAUCAAUGGAGCAGAGAUUCACAUCGGCAACUCUUUACAGGGCAAUGGUGCUGCAAACCCAGUGGUUGCUGUAAUUCCUAGUAUCCCAGCAGGCAGGUCUUAUACAGUAACAGUUACAAAACACGUGGAGGGACGUUAUGUGACUGUGGUUUUACCUGGUUCAGGAAGGGUCCUCACACUCUGUGAAGUGGAAGUCUACGGGUACCGUGCCCCAACUGGAGAGAACCUGGCGGUCCAAGGAAAAGCCACACAGUCAUCAUUGUAUUCAUAUCUUGGAAAUGCAUAUUAUGCUAUAGAUGGGAAUCGUGCCAGCAACUGGGACAAGGCCUCUUGCUCUUGCACUAGCCAUGAAUUCAGUCCCUGGUGGCGACUGGACCUGCAGAAAACCCAUAAAGUGUUUUCUGUUAAGAUAACCAACAGAGAUGCACAUGCACAACGACUCAAUGGAGCUGAGAUCCGCAUUGGAGAUUCUCUUGCAAACAACGGCAACAACAAUCCCAGGUGUGCUGUGAUCUCACACAUCUCUGAAGGUUUUACCCAAACAUUCCAGUGUAACGGGAUGGAUGGUCGCUACAUUAACAUAGUCAUUCCUGGAAGAAAAGAGUACCUUACCCUGUGUGAGGUGGAGGUGUAUGGCUCUAGACUGGAUUAGAUCUGACGAGGUUCAAAAUGACAAUUUACAUAGCUAGUAUUUAGCUGAUGCGCUUUUAUAGAUUCUGGUUGCAAUCAUAGCUUAAGCUUUACUUAUGACAUUGACAUCAUUAGAGACAACAUACAGUCAGAUCACAUUAAAGCUGCAUUAAUAAAUGUUUGACCACUAGGGGGCAGAAUAAUUCCAAAAUAAACUGACAAACACAGCCCUGACAACAUCAUCUAGCUGAAUAAAAUUGUUGUGGCUAAUAUGUUAGCAAACAGUUGCAUUCAUUUGGAGUCAUGUAUCUACCUGCAGAAUGAAUGUGAAUCC